GAUGAUGACCCUCGUGAUAAUCCCAACUCGGAGCCCUCGCCGGUCAUGCUGCACAUCGACAGCCUCAUCGUACACAGAAGAGACGACGGGUCUUUCUCUAUAGGAGUGGAUAGAGCAGGAGAGGCCAAACCCAAGCAAGCGGCCUCAGUGAUUGACAGCUCUCUGAGUCCAGUCCCUGAGACUGUGGGCGGCAUCUGUGGUGUUUCAAAGGCGACGCAGACUCAGGCUCCGCCUACAAGCCCCCCUCCAUCUGACAAGGAGAUGGUGAGAAAUACAGCAAAACACAGUGGAAAGAGAGCAUAGAGGCAAAAAUAAACAAACACCACAUGUGCAAACAGUGUUGAUGUUCAUGUUUUUGUUCUUCUUCUUUGUCAUUUUCUCCUACAAACAGCUCCAAAUGAGAAUGUUGUUUCUUUCUGAUCAUUCUGGAGGCUGAAGCAUGGUGUGCCAGGUUUUGCUUUGGUAAAGCUAUUCCAGUUCUGUGUUU